AUGAACGAAGUGAUUUUUCGUCUGCCAUUUGAAAUCAAUGAUGAUGAACUUGGUCCAUGGGAUGUUCUGCUUAGUGAUUUUGCGAUUAGAGAUAUGCGAGUGUUGGAGCCUCUUGCGAUUAAGGCAGUCACGGAGAAACUAAUGCAGAUAUCAAGCGGAAAAUGGAAAAAGCACAAACUCCAGCAUACAGUGGAAUCUCACUCUCAAAUCGUACCUAUUUAUGUGGCAGAGCUUCCAGAUCAUGAUGGAUUGAAAAUUCUCUGGCAGGUUGAUUAUGGAUUUUCUGUUCGUAACAAUUCAUUCAUCCAGUAUGUGGAGGUUUGGGCAGUCACUAAAAACCAGAAGCAAAUUACGGAUAUCUUAAAAAAUACAGAAUUACUUCAUAAAGUCUACACUUCUGAACAUAAAAACCGUUGUACAUUUCAACAGACCAACAAAGAUGAUAUCAUUUUACCUGUAACCUUUGGAGGUGAGGAGGUAACAAAGUCUACCGAGCGCAGAUUGAGUAGUAACCAAAUGGAUGAUGAAAAUUUGUUAAAGAUCCAUGAAAUGCUUACUACAAAUAAGUUUGUUCCGUUAUCAAAGGACUUGUUUAAGUCACUUGUCAGGGGUGGCACUGACUUUACUUUUCAAGUAUCUGAGCUUGAGCACAAAAUUAUCAACCAUCCUACAUCAGCAAUUGUUGUUGGUCGUUCUGGAACUGGCAAAACCACAUGUAUUGUGUUUAGGCUUCUUGCUUCGUAUCUGAAAAGCCAUAUCAAUAUGAUAUCAUCUUCAAAUGACAACGGUGAGAAUUCUCAGAAAAGGCAAAUAUUUAUCACAUUGAGUGAAAACCUGUGCUGCAGAGUAAAGGAACACUUCAACAAACUCCGAGAGUCUGCAUUAUUUGCUAAUGAAAAGAUGUCAGAAGCUCAAUUUCACGAGUAUGUGCGUAGAAAAGGAGAGGAAAAUGUUAAUUUAGAUGCAAAUGACACAAAGCUUGAAGAGGAAGAUAUGCUGAAUGACAUUCCAAACUCAUUCCAUUAUAGUAAACUGACAGAUGACUAUUUCCCAUUGAUAAUUACCUACAAAAAGUUUAUCCAAAUGCUCCAGGGAACUUAUGGCAUUGAUUUUCAGAAUCCAUCCAAACAACCAAAAUUUAAUGAAAAUGAUAAUGAUAUAGAGAGAUUAUUACACCAACAAGACUUUAUCAGUAGUGUGUCAGAUACAUCAUGGAGACACUUUGUAGACUAUAAUCUCUUUGCAAAUAAAUAUUGGCCUCAUUUUAAUGAUUAUUAUAGGAAAAAUCUUGAUUGUGGGUUGGUAUUCUCCGAGUUUGCCAUUAUCAAGGGCUCUAAUCUGGAGGGUAAGCACCUAUCAAGAGAGGAAUAUCAAGAAAUCAGCACCAAGAAAUACCCAGCAUUUUGUUACAAUCGUGGUGAAAUUUAUGACUUAUUCCAAGAAUAUCAGAGAAGAAAGUCUAGAAAUUUUGACUAUGACUCAAUAGAUAUGACUAUUGAUAUUUUACGCUGUGCCAAAACAAUAUCACUUAAUUCAUUGCAUAUUCAUGAACUGUAUAUUGAUGAGUGUCAGGACAACAACAUUGUAGAUUUAUCACUUAUUUUAAAACUUUUUGAAUUUGCUGACAGCAUUUUUUUGGCCGGAGAUAUAGCACAAUGUAUUGCAAGAGGUUCAUCUUUUCGAUUUCAAGAUCUGAAGGCUUUAAUACAUGAUUGGGAGGUUGAUCGAUUCAAUGUCAUUCACAAUAAGCCUAGAAAUAAAAAACCAAAACAACCAGAACUGUUUGAAAUGAAGAUUAAUUAUCGUUCACACAACGGAAUCCUUAAACUUGCUUCAUCAGUGAUUGAUCUUAUCACUCACUUUUUUCCUGAUUCCAUUGACCAGCUGUCACGUGAAUGUGGCGAAGUUGGUGGUCCUCGACCUAUUGUCUUCAAUGGGGUUGAGGCUGAACAAUUCUAUUUCCAUGUCUUCUCUAUGGGUGAGGGUACAAGUAACAUUGAAUUUGGUGCUGAGCAGGUCAUUAUUGUGCGUGAUGAUGAAACUAGAAAACGAGUGAAGAAAAAAAUUGGUAAUGCAUUUGUAUUGAUAUUGACAGUGUUUGAGUCCAAGGGCAUGGAGUUUAAUGAUGUGCUGUUGUAUAAUUUCUUCACUGAAUCACCUGCACAAUCAAAGUGGCGAGCAAUACACUCUGCUUUUGAUGAUCAUUCAAAAGGAAUUCAACCCUUUUCUCAUGAGAAGCAUUACAUCCUUUCUUCGGAGCUCAAGCAUCUUUAUGUUGCAGUGACAAGAGCACGGCAGCAAAUUUGGAUUUAUGAUGAGGAGACCAAAUGGAGUGAGCCAAUGCAUAGGUAUUGGGAGCACCAUGAUCUAGUCAAAGUAAUUAAGGAUGUGGAUGAAAUCAGUACUUUGCCCUCCUUGGCCAAGAAAAGUGAUUCAUAUGCAUGGGAUCGACGAGGAAAGAUUUUUUUUGGACAAAAGCAAUAUGAACAGGCAGUUCUUUGCUUUAGGAAAAGUGGAAAUCAAGAGAACUGUAAGCUAGCAGAAGCAUAUCAUUUUCAGCAGGUCGCCAGAGAUUCUAUAUAUAGUUCUGAUGAUAUCACUGUGAAAUUUAAUUUCACUCGUGCUGCCGAGGCCUUCAAAAAAUGUUCACGUCCAAUCCAAGCAGCUUCAUGCUAUCAGGAUAUUGAUAUGCAUGAAGAAGCUGGUGAUGUGUUUGUAGAAUGGGAUAUGUUUGAGCUUGCUGCCAAUUGUUACUCUAAAGCCAAAAAAUGGGACAAAGCGGGUAAUAAUUUUCAAAAGGUUGAGAAAUAUACUGAGGCUGUUGAUGCCUAUAAAAGUGGUGGAUUUUAUGAAAUAGCAAUCGAUCUGAUGCAAAGAUACAGACAAGAAAUUGAUGAGAAGACAUUUAGCCGUGUUUCCCGUCUUGCCAACAUUCAUUAUCGUCGGGAAAACAACAAAGAAAUGAGUGAAAAGGCUCUUUCUAUUCUUCCUACAAAAAAUGAACAAAUGGAGCUUCUACGAGACCAUGCACCAGAAGAGCUUUUGAAAGUUUUUGAGAAAAGUGGUGAUUAUUUCUCUGUUGUUAAAGAAUUAUGCUCACGUGGCAAGUUUGAAGAAGCAGCUGAUAAGAUCAUCAGCUUGAAAGAUAUCAACUCAAAAGACACCAUUGAGGCAUUAAAGUCAUUAAAGCUUCUUGCCAAGGCAAGUAAUUUUGUCAAGAAACUCAGAUCACAAUCAUUGGAAAGAUCUGAGGAGUGGAGAAGCUUUAUGAAAGAGUUUCAAUUAUACUUGGCUUAUUUAGAUGGGGACUUCAAUAGUGUUCAUAAGUAUAUACAAUUAUUUAGAAGUCGCAGAGAGCCUGUUGCUGAAUUUUGUGCAGUAAAUAUAUUUCUGAAAAUUAUCCCUCAAUCAGCACAGUAUUUGAAUGAAAGAUUGCAAUGUCUGUUAAGGCUAUGUGAAUUGACUUUUCCUUUUAUAGCACCACAUCAAAGUGCUGACAAUAUUGAAAAAAUUUGCAAGGAUUUUGAAGAUAUUUUUUUUGUAAAUGUAAAUGAAGUUGAGAAUCGCCCACGUGAACGGAAAAUUUUUUUGGAUAAUCCACUUCUUCAUAUGUGGGAUGAAAUUCAUCAUGAAAUCAUAGAUGAUUGGCAUGUUUAUGAAGUGGAUGUUUUGCACCUGAAAAUGAAGCAAUUCCUUGCUUCACACAUUUUUGAACUCAUCUGUGAGGUUGACUAUAAAAAUCAUUCUAUUCCAGAUGUAAGUUCACACAUCUGCCACUUUUUUGCAUCCUGUCAAAAAUCAGAUUGCAGAAAUCAUCAUGUGGUUCCAACACCACUAAUUCUACACCAACGUUUGAAACUUGCAAGUCUCAACUAUACUGUUUUUCGACAGUUGGAUGUAAUAUAUCGUCAAUAUGAGCUACUUAGAGAAGAUCAGAGUGAAAGGGUUCUUGGGAUACAAAGACGGUGGGCUGAAAAACUUGUUAAAUUUCAUAUUCGUUAUCAAUCACCACAGAUAAGCUGCCCAGAAAUAACUCAAAUGGUACUCUCAGAGCUUCCUAAACACACACGUUCUGGAUUUAUCAGACUUGCUCAAAAUAUAUGGUUGUUUAGAGAGUCUGUGAAUGCUGACAACUUUGCAGCUAUGUUAAAAUGCAUGUUUAUUUUGCAACAGCUGAGAGACAAAUGGUGUAUUGAUAAAUUUAAUUGGGAAAUGUCAAAAACAAUAGGGCUUUCCUAUUCUUGUGAAUUGCCCAUUGGUUUUGAGGACUAUGGGUAUCACCAAGCAAUUCCA